AGCUGGUUCAGUUCUACGGGUCAGCCAUGGGACCGUGACCCAUGUUUGCCCAUGCAGGACAUGGAGCUGAAGGCUCCGCACGCGCUGCCGGCGGAGGAAGUGCUGAGCUUCUAUCAGGUUACACUGGCAGAAGGCCUCUCCAGCGGUCAGGUGCUGCAACAGCGCUUGCGGUUCGGCCUCAAUAAGCUGGCUGAGGAGGAGAAGAAGCCACUGUGGAAACUGAUCGUUGCUCAAUUUGAGGACCUGUUGGUGCGGAUUCUGCUCCUGUCAGCGGUUGUCUCCUUCUUCCUGGCAUACCUCGAUGGCACCGGUGAGGAAGGCAUCACUGCCUACGUGGAACCGUUAGUGAUCCUUCUGAUCCUCGUGGCUAAUGCCGUGGUGGGGGUGUGGCAAGAGACCAACGCGGAGGAAGCCCUGGUGGCCUUGAAAAGGCUACAGCCGGACUCGGCCCUGGUGCUGCGGGAUGGGAAGUGGCAGGUGCUCGAUGCCAUGGAGCUGGUGCCUGGCGAUGUGGUACAGGUGAAGGUGGGAGACAAGGUGCCAGCUGAUAUGCGAAUCGUUCAGCUGAGCUCUAGCAGCAUCCGAGUUGAACAGUCUCAGCUGACCGGCGAGUCGCAGAGCGUAUCCAAAGAGAUCGCUCCCGUCCAGGAAUCUGUGAUCCAGGGAAAGGUGAACAUGCUCUUUGCAUCCACCACCAUCUCCAAUGGCUCAUGCCUUUCUGUGGUGACUUCUAUUGGCAUGGGCACGGAGAUCGGGAAGAUUCAGGAUGCAGUGCAAUCUGCCGCUGGCGAAGAGGAGCAGACGCCCUUGCAGCAGAAGCUGGAUGACUUCGGCAACCUCUUGGCGAAGGUGAUCUUCGCCGUUUGCGCACUGGUGUGGGCCAUUAACUACAAGCAUUUCUUCGAUCCUGUGCAUGGCUCCGUCCUCCGGGGAUGCAUCUACUACUUCAAGAUUGCUGUGGCCUUGGCUGUGGCAGCCAUCCCGGAGGGCCUGCCGGCGGUCAUCACCACCUGCCUGGCCCUAGGAACUUGCGAGAUGGCAAAGAAGAACGCCAUCGUGCGAAAGCUGCCGUCGGUGGAGACACUGGGAUGCACCACCGUAAUUUGCUCCGACAAGACGGGGACGCUCACGACGAAUGAGAUGUGCUGCACCAAGCUGGUCCUCCCCGUGGCAGGUUCGAAGCUGGUGUGCCACGCGGUGGAGGGUCACACCUUUGCACCGGUCGGGCAGGUCUCUGGCUUGACGGUGGACUGGCAGCAGCGCAGCUUGCAGACCCUGGCAAAGAUCCUGGCGGUUUGCAACGGGGCAAGGCUGGAGCUAAACUGCGGCGCUUACCGCCGCAUCGGGGAGCCGACCGAGGCGGCGUUGCUGGUGCUGGUGGAGAAGCUCGGCUGUCCUGACGCAGCACUCCACGGUCGAUGCUGGCAAUCACAGCGUGGUCACGAGGAUGUCAUGGCCUUUACCCAGUACUGGUCCUCGCGUGUUCAAAGGCGAGCCACCUUGGAGUUCACGCGCGAGCGCAAGUCCAUGAGCGUGCUGGUUACGGAUGAGGAGGUGCCAGUGCUGUAUGUCAAGGGGGCGCCUGAAAGCAUCUUAGAGAGAUGUACCCGCAUCAUGCUGCCCAGCGGCGUGGAAGCUUUGACGGAGUCCGGUCGCAAGGCCAUCCAAGAGCAGCUGCAGGAUCUGGGGGCAGAGGCUCUGCGACCCCUGGCUCUGGCAGUCAGGGAGCGCAUCCAGCUGGACGAGGGGAAGCUGCAGGAUCCCAGUCACUUCGCACAGGUCGAGACGGAUCUUACCUUUGUGGCGCUGGUGGGCAUCAUUGACCCCCCUCGACCUGAGUGCCUCCGAGCCAUCCAAGAGUGCCGUGUCGCGGGCAUCAGCGUCGUGAUGAUCACCGGGGAUAACAAGGUCACUGCGGAAGCCAUCGCCCGCAAGUUGGGCAUUCUCACCAGCACCGGCAACCUCGCUCAGAAGUCUUUCACUGGCAAGGACUUCGAGAGCCUCUCGGAUCCGGAGAAGGUGAAGGUCCUCCAGCGCAUCACUGCAGAGCGGGAUAUUGAGGGCGCGGUGUUCUCGCGCACCGAGCCCAAGCACAAGCAGCUGAUUGUGAAGAUACUGAAGCAGAUCGGGGAAAUCACCGCCAUGACGGGGGACGGCGUCAACGAUGCCCCCGCCCUGAAGCAAGCAGACAUCGGCAUAGCGAUGGGCCUGAGCGGCACAGAGGUGGCCAAGGAAGCUUCAGACAUGGUGCUUGCAGAUGACAACUUUGCCACCAUCGUGUCGGCCGUGGAGGAAGGCAGAUCAAUCUACAACAACAUGAAGGCGUUCAUUCGUUACCUUAUUUCCUCAAACAUCGGUGAGGUGGCCUCCAUCUUCUUCACAGCAGCGCUUGGCAUCCCCGAGGGCCUGGCCCCGGUGCAGCUGCUGUGGGUGAACCUCGUCACCGAUGGGCUGCCGGCCACCGCGCUGGGCUUCAACCCGCCAGACCUGGACGUCAUGUGCAAAUCUCCCAGGCGUGCAGAUGACAACCUCAUCUCUGGCUGGGUGUUCUUCCGAUACAUGGUGAUCGGCCUGUAUGUGGGUUUAGCCACGGUGGGCAUCUUCAUUUAUUGGUACUGCUACGAUGAGGGCAGCUCUGAUGGCCACAGCCUGGUGAGCCCGCUGCAGCUCAUGAGCUGGGGAUCCUGCAAGAAGUGGCACGACUUUGCUCCGGGGCCGUUUCUGGACAUGCGGUUCAAUGACCCGUGCACCUACUUCACCGUGGGGAAGGUAAAGGCAUCAACGCUUUCUUUGACAGUGCUGGUCGUCAUCGAGAUGCUGAAUGCGUUCAACGCAGUUUCGGAGGAUGGCUCGCUCCUGCAGAUGGCGCCCUGGGUCAACCCCUGGCUGGUCGCUGCUUGCAUGGGUUCUGUAGCCGUGCACUUUGUGAUUUUGUACACGCCAUUCCUGGCCAAGAUCUUCGCAGUUUGCCCUCUGGACUGGCAUGACUGGGUUUUGGUCAUGGCUUUCUCGUUCCCAGUCAUCAUCUUGGAUGAGGUGCUGAAGUUCUUUGGGAGGCAGUACCAAAACCACAAGGACGUGAUCGUAAAAAGCGACUGAGUCAAAAUGGUGCAGGUGGACCAAACUGUGCACAAACACGGGGAAAUGGAUCAGCAUCCGGGCUGAAUGUGAUGUCUUUUGUGGUCAACCAAAUGGACGGACAAGUUGAACAAGCAAGCCAAUGAUGCCUGCGUGAGUGCCAACAAGCG